AUGGGUCGGGGCGUUCUUCUCACCUCAAAUCUUCCUCAGCUUCAAAAUUUAAUCAAAAGAGACCCUAUCUCCUACAAGGAAGAGUUCCUUCAGCAAUGGAAUCAUUACGAUAGCAUCCGCCAGAUAUUCAAAAUUAAUCCCGAUGAGCAGGCACAACAUUUCAAAGAACUCGUCGCUUUUAUCUCCCAGGUUGCGGCAUGUUAUCCGAAAGAAACAGCAGAUUUUCCCUCACACAUCUCUAUUCUGCUGUUGGAAAACUACGGCGUCCUCUCCUCUGAUACUCGUAAGGCUCUUGUCCAAAACCUGGUCAUGCUUCGAAAUAAAGAUGUAAUCACCUCAAUUGAGCUCUUGAAAACUUUGUUUCCUCUUCUCCCACAAACCACCUCCUCAACAUUACGAUCCUUCAUACGCAAAACUAUCCUCUCAGAUAUAAGGGUAGCAAAUAUUCGCUCCCGAAACCAUAAUUUGAAUCGGGCCGUACAGGCCAUGUUAUUUAGCAUGGUCGAGCGAGGUAUGGGAGGGGAGCUCCGUGUUUCCAAUGAACCCACUUCCGACCGGGGCGCACAUAACGGAGAGGAGGCAAUGUGGGCCGUAAUCCUCACGAAAGAACUUUGGAAAAAAGAUGUAUGGAAAGAUGCCAAGUCAGUCUCGAUUAUUUCACAGGGAUGCUUUCAUCCCGUCAUCAAGGUGCAAAGUGCAUCUAUAUAUUUUUUUCUCGGGGAUGAUGAGGAGAGUGAAGAUUCUGAUCAAGAAGACGAUGUUGAUGUUCGCGCCAUGCACCAUCGUCGAGAAAUAAACAAAAAGACCAGGAGCGGCGAUAAGAAACUUCGAAAGCAGCUGAAAACUGCUAAAAAGAAAAAGUAUGAUAAACCUGCGAUGACAGCAAACUUUUCUGCCAUCCAACUGCUGCACGAUCCUCAAAGCUUUGCCGAGAAAUUAUACAACAUCCUCAAUAGAUUUGAUAAGCGAUUUUCACUGGAUCACAAAAUUCUUAUUAUGCAACUCCUUUCACGCGUUAUGGGAGCCCAUAAAUUGUGUGUUUUGGGCUUCUAUACUUACAUUGUCAAAUUCCUCGCACACAGGCAACUUCGGGUCCCUUCGAUACUUGUUGCCCUCGCCCAAUCAGUACAUGACCUAACCCCACCAGACGCUAUUACACCUAUUAUCCGUAAACUUGCUCAAGACUUUGUCCAUCCAGGUGUGGCGAACGGAGUAAUCACCGCUGGGCUUAAUGCAAUCCGAGAAGUUUGUCGAAGACAACCCUGGUCUAUGGAAGAGGACCUGUUAGGGGAUUUGAUCGAGUACAGAAAAAGCCGAGACAAAGCGGUAGUUGCUGGUGCACGAGGGUUGCUGAAACUAUACCGUGAAGUCAAUCCUAGCAUGUUGAAAAGGCGAGAGAGAGGCAAAGACGCCAGUAUGGGCUUGGCAUCCGGACACCAACCUCUGCCAUAUGGACACACGUCUGAAGCAGCGGUCGAUAUCGAGGGUCUCUCGCUCCUGGAGGAUCAUCUUAAGAAACUGCGAGAAGAGGAGGGCCUUACCACAGAAGACGAUCCUGCGGCUUGGCAGAAAUGGGAAAUCGAAUCGGACUCUUCGUCAGAUGACGCCUCGGACGGAUGGAUAAAUGUUGAUGAUGAUGAUGGCGAUGACAAUUUCGCCAUUAGUGACAGUGACGACGAACUCGAGAAGUCUGAUGAACCCCCACCUGCGGUUAUCCUAACUCCUGCAGACUUUGCCCUUCUCAACGACUUACGCAUACAAGCUGCGAAAACAGCAGUCGGGAGUGGGGGCGGAUCCCAAGCGAAACGCAAGCUUGCGGCUUUGGAAGCUGGGCACAGUAUUCUGCCCCCAGAUCGCCAACUCCAGGAUACGUUCGUUUCCGAAAACGAUAUCCUCGGUCCACGGAAAAAGGCCAAGGCCGAUUACGCAGAGAGGAUGGCAUCCAUACAAAAAGGACGGGAGGGACGAGAUAAAUUUGGAUCUCACAAAGGAAAACAAAACAAAUCCGUGCCUAGCAGCUCAACCAAUCGAGAAAAGGCGAGGAACAAGCCCAUUAUGAUGGUGUUGAGCAGUGGAUUCGUUCGUAGUAAGAAAAAGGCAUCUUUACGAGAAAAGCAACAGAAACUACGAGCCCAUAUUGAUCGGUCCAAAAAGUCGCGUCAUUGA